AUGGAGCAACCGGAAUCCAACCCGACAUUUUGUACAAAUAAUUGCGGAUUUUAUGGUUCAUCCCAGUUUGAAGGAAUGUGUUCAAAAUGCUACCGUGAACAUGUUAGCUGUUCAUUGACCACUGGAAGAACGAAUUCAUGUAAUAGUUUUUAUACUUCUAAUCCUUCCGUAUCAUCGUCUCAAACACUUCUACCGAACACAUCUAUAGACGAUGAAAAAUCGAUGCGAGAUGACCAAGAUGAAGUUGUCGGCCAUAUGGAUGAAGAUAAUGACCUUCCGAAUAGCAUUAUUGAUCAAACAGUGAAUAAAAUGGACGACGAUAACAGUGAAUCAGCUUCGGCUGCUGAAGAACAAUUAGAAACAACAAAAGAAACUACUGAUCAAUCUAUACAUGAAUCAUCCGCUAGUCUUCUUACUCGUGUCAUAUCUACUCCCACAAUGCCAAUGAACAUUUCAAGAAGUAUAGAUAUUCCGGGUAAAAAAGAUUCCAAUAUUUCACUUUCUGUUAUGGAAACUGGUUCACUAGGAGCUGAAUCAAUGUCACCAUUGACGGCAUCAAGUGUUGAUAAGAAGAAACGUAGUCGAUGUACUUGGCCAUCAUGUAACAAAAAACUUGGACUAACCGGAUUCGACUGUCGUUGUGGUGGUCAAUUUUGUCCAAUACAUCGUUAUGCAAAUGAACACGACUGCACAUUUGAUUAUAAAGAGCAUGGUCAAAAUGAAAUUCGUAAAAAUAUGCCAGUUGUACAAGCUGAACGCGUCCGAAGAAUCUAG